CGUUGUGAAAUAUCUGGCUGUUUUUAGACUUGUUCACAUGUUGUUCACUUGUUCAAAUCUCUGCUGUAGUGCAGUAGGACUGAAUAUUUCCUAAAGUUGUUCUUUCUUAAGGGCCCUUCACAGUUGUGGUGCUUGAGCCUCUUGACGGUGCGUGGAUGUGGAGGUGAACAGCACUACUGUUGGUAUGAAGAUCGACAGAUAAGCGUCUUUUGUGACCUUGGAUCUUUUCAGAGGCUGAAGCUGGAUUCCAGCAGAGACACAUGGUCCAGAGUGACAAGGCCAUCUGCUGUAGCGCCAGCACUGCAGUGGGAGGGAAGAGAAAGAUGAAGGGGUGGUUUGUGGGGGGGUGAGUGUACAGAGAAUUCCUCCCCCUCGGGUGUGGAAGGAGUAGAUAUUCUGGGAGAUCAUUGCCAGCACCUUGGAUUGAGACUUAUUUCUUUAGUGUCAAAUUUUUUUCCCUUCAAUCUUCUUUCCAAGCUUUCUGGAGCAACUGAAGUUGGGUCUUUAAUGUCAACAGACCAUGAUUUUGUGAUUCUUUAAAGCGAUGAGCAAUGGAGAUCUGGACUCUGAAGACCUUGCAAGCUGUGGAUCCAGUUUCUUCAACAUCUCUUUGCACCCAAAGCUGAGAGUUGUAGAUCAGUGACGAGAGUGGGUGCAGAUCUCCGGGGUGGAUUUUUCGCUAACACGUAUUUUGUUUUGGUGCGUUGACAGUGAAAGACAAAAAAUCUCUACAUUUGCGUUUCCCCAGUGGGCCGAAGAGCCAAACGGAUGGUUAUUUUUAUGAGGGACUUUGUAGCAGAAAUGGGUCAGGACCAAACCAAACAGCAGAUUGAGAAAGGACUGAAGCUUUAUCAGUCAAAUGAUACAGAAAAGGCUUUAUAUGUCUGGAUGAAAGUGUUAAGGAAGACAUCUGAUCCUGGGGGGAAGUUUCGAGUUUUAGGUUGUCUGAUCACAGCACAUUCUGAAAUGGGGAAAUACAAGGAGAUGCUGCAGUACUCCCUAGCUCAGAUAAACACAGCAAGAGAGAUGGAGGAUCCGGACUACCUGACGGAGGGCUACCUGAACCUGGCACGCAGCAAUGAGAAGCUUUGUGAAUUCCAGAAGACAGUCUCAUAUUGUGAGACCUGCUUAAACAUGCAGGGCACCACCGUAAGCCUACAGCUCAACGGGCAAGUGUGUUUGAGCAUGGGCAAUGCCUAUCUGGGUCUUAGCGUUUUCCAAAAGGCCUUAGUGAGCUAUGAGAAGGCCCUGCGAUACGCUCAUAACAAUGAUGACAAGAUGCUGGAGUGCCGGGUCUGCUGCAGUUUGGGCAACUUCUACAUCCAGCUUAAGGAUUAUGAGAAAGCACUCUUCUUUCCUUGCAAAGCAGCUGAGCUCGUGAAUGACUAUGGCAAAGGUUGGAGUCUCAAGUACCGUGCCAUGAGCCAGUACCAUAUGUCGGUGGCCUACAGGAAGCUGAUGCGCUUAGCAGAUGCGAUGGAAUGCUGUGAGGAAUCAAUGAAGAUUGCACUGCAGCAUGGAGAUCGUCCUCUUCAGGCACUGUGUCUGCUUAACUUUGCUGAUAUUCAUCGCUGUCAAAAGGAUGUUGAUAAAGCAUUCCCUCGCUAUGAGUCCUCCAUGUGCAUAAUGUCAGAGAUCGGUAACCGCCUUGGACAAGCAUCCAUCUACGUAGGUGUGGGGAAGUGCUGGAUUCUGCAGAAGGAAUACGAUAAGGCUUUGGACUCAUUGCAAAGAGCACAUGAUCUGGCCGAGGCGACUGGAAACAAGCUGUGUAUCCUGAAGAUGCACAGCCUGUGUGAAAGCAUCUACCGCUGUAAGGAGCAGCAGGACGAGUUGAGAGAGCAGGUGGUGAAGUUCCUGCAGUGUGUGGAAGAGCUAGAGCUCUACUGUGGCAUGUGCGGGGAGUCCAUCGGAGAGAAGAACCAGCAGCUGCAGGCUUUGCCCUGCUCUCACAUUUUCCACCUCAAGUGUCUGCAGACAAACGGCACAAAGGGCUGCCCAAAAUGCCAUCGUUCUUCAGUGAAGCUGGGUUUUGUAUGAGAUUGCACUCUUGCCUUGGACAAAAUGGCUGAAUCCCAUCACAGCGACCUGUCUGGGAGUGGAAGUUCCAGGGCCUUCUUUCAGGAAGCUUUCUAACUGGACAAAAGGAGGGUUUCCGAUAUUUCCAUCCUGUCUUUAUGGCAACUGGGAAUAAUGUGGAAAUGACAGGACAUGGAUUAACAGUUCAAAAGAGACGUCAUGAAAGACAGCAGAUAUUUCUCUGAACUGACCUUAUAAUACUGCAUUGGUUUAAGACUUAAGACCUUUGAUUGGACCAUGCAGCAUUGCUAUCCUGUCAGUAAGGAUAUUCAUCAACAAGGUGAGAGCUUUACAUAUCAUGUGGUUUCCUAAUGGACAUUAUUGCUCUAUUGUCACAGCUGAAAAAACAUUUAUAACUUUCUAAUUGAUUUUUCAAUCAAGAUUCAAGCUUGAUUUAGUUUCUUUGGAUUGUGUAAAUAAUUCACAAAUACUACAAUGUAAUUUUAAUAAGAUAAAGGUGUUCUCUGUCAGCGGUAUAAGAUUUGCUGAGAGACGCUGUUCUGUUUGAGUUUGUUUGAGGUUUGUUUUGAGCUUGUAGUAAACUCAAAUGUCUCUAACUGCCUCCUGUUAGUGAACUGUAAUAUUCUGAAGUAACAGAGGCAUGUGUUCAACUUAUUAACUUGACCAAUUAUGCAUUUUGUUAAUUAUUUAUUUGACAAUUAUUUAUGUAUUUUAAUAAGACUCUUAUAUAGUACACACAACAUUACUACGUUUCAGAUAACAGCUAAAUUCAUUUCUUUUAUGUUGAAUCAACAAAAUGUGAAAAAUCAUUUCUUUUUUCAUUUAUAGUAUGUACAGUUAGAAGUAUAGUUUGUUGAAAUCAGCUUUAAAACCUUACGAUUAAUCUUCUUUAUUUUCUUAAAACCUUCAGAGAUUCACAAAUGUGCAUAUGCAACAAAAAAAAAAAACCCUUUUCCGACAUGUAUAGCACUAACAUUUUUGAGUAUGUUUGAUUGGCCCAAUGUUUUUAGCCUUAUUUUUUGUGGGCACUUUCAUUUAAUGUUGCAGUCAAAAAUAAAUAUAAUCAAAUUGC